UCAAAUGGAUAAGAGUGGCUCGAGGAGUUGCACCUCGAGCACCACGGCAGCCACGAAAGCGCACACACCUUAUGUUUAUGUUAAUCCUUAACCAACCGGGAGUAAACAACGGCAACAACAACGCAGUACGGGACGCGAAUCCUCUCCGUACGGCCGUCGGGACCGAAUUUUUCGGCACCGUUUUCCACGCUGCUAGUGCGCAUUCCUGCACGCAGAGAGCCAGAGAUCCAGCCCGGCCAACGGAGAGCUGCUAGCGUUCCUCUUCACAACCCCGAACCGGUGCAUUCACCCCCGGAGGCUGGUGAAACACACCUCUGAUGUUUGGGCUUUACUGGAGACUCCGUGCGUCUGUUGUUUUGGAGACCCAAGGUGCACCAUGGGAUGGUUGCUUUGAUGAAUACGAGUACGGUCUUGCGUUCCGAGUCGACUGACCGGUGGCUGCGCCCGACGCCGCCUUCCAGGGCCCCGAUGGUGGACUAGAGAGGAGGAAAACACAACCACAACACAGGCCUUAAUUGGAGAAGAGGAAAGACCCAUUUAAAUCCUUUUUACGCUCGUCUUGGUGCUGUUGGAGCCCCGCAGUCAUGGGCAGGAGAGACGGAGCCUCCGGUUUUUCGACGCCUAUCCAGUGUCACUCCAGUUUCGGGUUUAUUUUAUGAGCCUAAACACUUUUUCUCGACCAUUGUAAGAUUAUUUGAAAAGAGGGACGCGGAUGCUUCACCCUCGCCUUACACAAGUGAAUGAUCAUAAACGCCUAAAAAAGUGUUUUGUUUUUGUUGCCUCAUCUUCGGAGAACUGCCUACCUCCUUGUUUCGCAUCAGGUCAGAGUUAUAUAAUACAGAAACAAAUCUGUAAGUCCAUGAGCACCGUUUCCACUGUUGAACUGAUACCUCAUGAAUCUACCUCAAAUAUACGUUUUUUCGCUACACCUCACAACUGGCCGAUGUGACUCCAGAUAAAUACCUCAGAUUGCGCAUGUUGUAAACCUGGGUUUGGGUAAAUGCUGCAGAUGGCUUCGUUUCCAGACUCGGACCUGCAGACCUGCCCGCUCUGCAAGGAGCUGUGCGGGUCCUCUGCUCCCAUUUCCUCCAGCUCUUCUACCUCUUCAUCUUCCUCACAUACCUCCUCAUCUUCCAGCCAGACCACCAGGAGGCUCCACGUCCUGCCCUGCCUCCAUGCCUUCUGCAGGCAGUGCCUAGAGGGCCAGCGGAGUCCCGGGGAGCCCCUGAAGCUGCGGUGCCCCACCUGCGACCAGAAGGUGUGCAUCUCAGAGGCCGGGGUGGACUCCCUGCCUUCCUCAAACUUCCUGUUCAGCAACUUGCUGGACGUGGUGGUGAGCUCCGAGGAGCAGAUCCAGAACAAGAACGGCCACCACAACCACCUCAGAGGAGGCUUGGGUGGAGGCCCCUCGGGUUUCCAUCACCCCCAUGGAGGCCUGCUGCACCCCAACCACCUGGGAGAGCCUGGGUGCAGCUCCUGUGACGAGGAGAACCCGGCCACCUCCCACUGCCUGGACUGCCAGGAGUACCUGUGUGACAACUGUGUGCGGGCGCACCAGAGGGUGAGGCUGACCAAGGACCACUUCAUCGAGCGCCUGGGGGAGAACCUCCACCUGAGCCGCCUCAACGUCAACAGCAACUCAGGGCAGCAGUCCCUCGCCCAGUCCCUGCAGAACAACUUCGCCCUGCUGUCCCUCUUCCAGGACCACAUGAGCUUCUGCCAGCACCACGACAAUGAGGUGUUUCUGUUCUUCUGUGAAACCUGCUCGGUGCCUAUCUGUCGGGAGUGCAGUGUGGGCCGUCACAUGGGCCACACCUUCGUUUAUCUACAGGACGCCGUACAGGACUGCAGGUCCAUCACCAUCCAGCUGCUGUCAGACGCCCAGCAGGGACGCCAGGCUGUGCAGCUAAGCAUGGAGAAGGUCCAGGCCAUGGCGGAGCAGGUGGAGAUCAAAGCCAAGGUGGUGCAGACCGAAGUGAAGGCCCUCGUGCUCCGACACAAGAAAGCUUUAGAGGAGAGGGAGUGUGAACUACUGUGGAAGGUGGAGAAGAUCCGUCAGGUGAAGGCCAAGUCUCUGUACCUGCAGGUGGAGAAACUGCACCAGAGUCUGACCAAGUUGGACAGCACCAUCGCCGCCGUCAGCCAGGUGCUGGACGAGGGCCGCCACCUGGACGUCCUGCUGGCCCGAGAGCGAAUGCUCACACAGAUCCACGAGCUGAAAGCUCUGCGGGGUUUGCUGCAGGCGCAGGAGGACGACCGCUUCAUGUUCACUCCUCCAGACCAGGCUCUGUACAUAGCCGUCCAGUCGAUGGGUCUGAUCAGCAGCGGAGCCUUCGCCCCCGUCACCAAAGCCCACGGCGAGGGUCUAAAAACUGCCCUACGUGGCAAACCCUCCUCCUUCACUGUGAUUGGAUACGACCAUGACGGCGAGCCUCGUCUCUCCGGCGGCGACACGGUGUCAGCGAUCAUCAUGUCGGUCCCGGACGGUCACCUGACGGCCGUGGAGGUCACCGACCACCAGAACGGCUCGUACACCGUGGGCUACCUGCCCAAGAGUGAGGGGGAGCACCUGCUGUCGGUGCUGGUGUGUAACCAGCACAUCCAGGGCAGCCCCUUCAAGGUGCUGGUGAAGUCGGGGCGCAGCUACGGAGCCCUGGGGUCACAGGUGGCAGCCUUUGGGAACGAGGGGGAGGGAGACGGCCAGCUGUGUCGCCCCUGGGGCAUCAGCGUGGACAAGGAGGGAUACGUGGUGGUGGCCGACCGGAGCAACAACCGCGUACAGAUAUUCAAGCCCUGCGGUGCCUUCCACCAUAAGUUUGGCUCUCUGGGUUCCCGUCCGGGACAGUUUGACCGUCCGGCCGGGGUUGCAUGUGACAGUCAGAGACGAAUCAUUGUGGCUGAUAAGGACAAUCACCGAGUGCAGGUGUUUACUUUUGAGGGCCAGUUCCUGCUGAAGUUUGGGGAAAAGGGUACCAAGAACGGGCAGUUCAACUAUCCCUGGGAUGUGGCUGUCAACUCUGAGGGUAAGAUCCUGGUCUCGGACACCAGGAACCACCGCGUGCAGCUCUUCGGCCCCGACGGCUCCUUCCUCAACAAGUACGGCUUCGAGGGGGCCCUGUGGAAACACUUUGACUCUCCCAGGGGCGUGGCCUUUAACCACGAAGACCACCUGGUGGUGACCGACUUCAACAACCACAGGCUGCUGGUCAUCCGGCCGGACUGCCAGUCGGCUCGCUUCCUGGGCUCCGAGGGCACCGGGAACGGGCAGUUUCUACGGCCCCAGGGCGUCGCCGUGGACCACGAGAACCGCAUCAUCGUGGCCGACUCCCGCAACCACCGGGUCCAAGUGUUCGAGCCCAACGGGAACUUCUUAUGCAAAUUUGGCACACAGGGGAAUGGCUUCGGACAGAUGGACCGCCCCUCCGGUGUGGCUGUGACGCCCGAAGGAGUCAUUGUGGUCGUUGACUUUGGAAAUAAUCGCAUCCUCAAGUUCUAAGAUUUAUUUUUGUGCAUUCUCCGCCUCCGUUUGCAGUUUUCUUGAUGAAGGAAAUGGAGGCGAGAGAAUGAAUCAACAGACACAACAGGAGGCGGGCGCAGAGAGGGUUGAGAGCAAGCUGCAGUGAAGGGAAAUUAAAACUAUAGAUUUUUUUUUUCAUGUGUAUUGAUAUAUAUUUUCCAAUCAGAUAUCUGGUAUGUAUGACAAAGGGGACCUCUACAAAUUGAUAAUCAGUAGAAAAAGCCAUAUUUCCAUUCCCCGGUCUCAGCUGCUCUGAACCCUCUCUGUGAGCUCCUCUGUAGUAUCCAUCUCAGGGAUUUUUUCACUUUUCUUGAAAUCUUGUACCCUCUGCUCCACACCUACCUCAUUUAACUCUUUAUGAAUGUACUCAUAAUCACUGAGCAGAGGUUUAAAGUCCGUGAAGUUUUACAAAGAAGAAAAGCCUACCUCUAUACUUUGUUAUUUAAGAAAGACAAAAAAAGAAUAGACUGUUCAGUUGAUAUUUGCACAGGAUUAAAGACAUUCUUGCUGUGCAUUUCGAAAUAUGAGUUAAAGUGAACCUCCUGAAUGUUGUUGCUGAGACAAUACUCAGACCGCUGUCGAGGCUACAUGAUUUAUUCUCAUUAGAGGGCUUCUCUCGGAGAGGGAUUAAGUGUCCUUUUUAAUGUUUUUUUUCGACUAGCUAGUUUUUUGCUUAUGCAUCGAUCCUUGUCUCUUUGUGGCUCUGCGGAGUUUGUCAUGGUCGCCUAAGAAGAGAGCGCGAAGCGAGGCCAAAAUAGAAAGAAUCUAAUUUAGCUCAGGUCACGGAGGACUGAUUGAAAUGAUCAGACUCCCCCUCUAGUUUUACUAGCUAAUGCCGAGUGAAUUUAUUGAGAAUUAAAAAUAUAUAAAGUCAUCUCCAAAACGAUCCCUAAAAUAAAUCCUGUUUUAAAAUAUGAUCAUCCAAUACUCCCCUUCCCCAACCGUGUCUCAUAAGACUGGAAGAAUUAUUGUCAAGACAACCUGAGUUGUUAUUCUCCAGUCAGCUGCAUAAAUGCAAACUAAAGCAUGCAGUAUCUAAAAGGGAGCACACCAAAGGAUUUUGGUGAUGAAUUUUGUUUCCAAGAUCCGGAUCUAUUAGCGAUCUUAAUAUAGAGAUGUAAUCAUUUAAUUGAAUGACACCUUUUUCAUGAGGCAUGCUGUGUGACAAAAGCCUCACAAGUAGACACCUGAUUUGGCUGUCCAGAGGACGUUAAUGACAUCAAAUGUAAGGCCUGACAUUUACAAUCCUUUUGAUUUGGAUGGUGGUUGAAAGCCACCGUCUGUGGCUCCUUGGGGCCCGGGAUUUAGUCGAAUGAGAGGGCGCGAUCAGGAAGUCCUGCCCUAUUUAUUGAUGUUGGAGUUGAGGAGAAACCUCCAGAUUGAGCGUCAGUAGACCGAUUCCUCGAAAGAUGGAAGUCUAUAGACUACUGGAGUUAACCAAAGUUAGAUUUUCUGUACAAUGGCCAACUGUAGAUUUGGCGAUUUAAAGAAAAAAAUAUAUAUCCCCUUUAAAAACAUUUUCUUAAAUAAUUAUUGUUGCUGGGAAGUCUCAAGUUCAUAAAGGGCCUGGAGUUGAGGUCAUAGUCCAUGUAAGGCUUAGAAGAACAAAGUGCACGUGAGUUUAUCAUGCACGUGCGCUUUGCCUUCCCGCUAUGACCUGCAGCUGUUUGAUCCAGGAUGUGACAGGAGAUUUCUGCAGAUGUUCGUGGUGUAGAGAACAGAAGAUACCCGCACCAAAGAUAACCCCCUUUCCCUCCCUCGCAUUUAUCGCCUCAAUCAAACCUCGCCCAUCUUUGGUCCUUUUUAGACGACCCGUAGACUCAGAAUAGCAUCUCAGAUCUGUACCUCAAUAGAAACUAAUCGCUACUAACUCUUGCAGGGUUUUAAAUCCCCUUGCCCUUUUUGUUUGAUCCGUGUCCCACUGGAAGCACUAGACAAUUAUUCGGUUCUGUUAGCCACUUCCUUAGCCUAGCGACGAAUUUUGGGACCUUUUGAAAAGAAUGACCGACCGGCGCUCCCCUCAGAGGAGAGGAUUUACGCCGUCAUAUCUCAGAUAUCCUGUACCUCAAUGUUUGUUUUACCUCCUUUCUCGUAUAUAUACCUCAACUCCUGAAUACCUCAAGUGUGUCACUCAUAGCUACUGUGCAUUUAAACAUUUAAAUACCUCAACUUGUUACACAUACCACGUUUUUACUCUUAUAUUUAAGCAUACCUCGUCUGAUUGUUAUGCAUUACAGAUAUACCUCAUUCUUUGAAUCUUCUUGUGUUACAGUGCAGUACAUGUCCCAUAGCUCUUGGACCAAAGAUCAUGGUUUUGUUGAAACAGAGAAAAAUUGUAUUAUGGUCAUCGCUCCAUCCUGCAACCCUGAGCAGCUUUUUGGUUUGUCUAAUCUACUGUAAAAUGCCUGGUGAACUAUGCCUUUUAUCAUCAAGAAACCAAAUAUUUCAGAUGAAAGCAUCGUGCCAAAAUGAUCUGUGAGAGUUCAGUGCCAAACGGAGUUGGCAUUGGGACCAGAAGUUGUAGACAACAAGUGUCACUGGACCGUUACAUCACAGAUACACAUGUGGAAUCAUGAGAGCACCUGGGGAUAAAUCCUCGCUCUCUGAUUGGAUGCACUUAAGAGGGCUGGGCCCAAUUUACCUCAAAAUGAUGAUGAACAUGCGGAUUACACUUGGGUGAGGGCAAGAUAAAGAGUUGAUAACUUCACAAAUCCGCCUUUGAACGCACAAGAAUUACCUCAAUUUUCAGCACAAUUUACAAAUAUUUCAGUGUGGAUUUUGCGGUUUAAACAAACGCAUCAUAGGAAUACGCCUAAGGCAUUACAACAGCCUGGUUUAUUAUUAAAGUGGAGCUAUUGGCACAUUGAUGGCGAGCCAGUUUGAUUCCACAGAGCCAGCUGCUUUGAACUCAACACUAGUUUCACCAGUAAGAUUGUUUUUUGCUUUUCAGUAUUAACUCUGUGAAAAUGUUCAUUCAUGUUGCAUCUGUUUUUUUUUUUAUUGCUGAAUUCUAUCUUUAAGAUCCUUAGGUCUACACUCUUAAAGAGGAAAAAAAAUGUAUUUUAAAACGUAAAUAUGUUUUUCAUUUUUUUGUUGCAUGCUUUAAAAAGUCCUUGUAUUAUAUUGAUAGGUGUUGAAAAAAAACUCAGAUGGGGUGGGGUAGCCGACUAUUGGGAUGGUUUUUACCAAAAUAUAUACCCAAAGAUGUGUAUGUGUGUGUUUAGGGUUGCGUUGGAUGGGAUUAACCUUUGACCUUUGCGAUUGUAUUUCCUGUUCUCAAGAGGCUCUGCAGAGCACAACCUGUUGGGCCAGACAAGCCUCAAGCCCUGAAAACAAAAGAGGCUGUUUUCAGAUUAAAAUGCAGAUGGCAGCUGCGCCCUUCCACCAUUAGUGCUUAAUUUACUUUAACUCCCUUUAGUCUGCAUAUUAGACAUAUUAACAUAUUGUCCUUCUGUAGAUCCCCCAAAUACGAUGAAUCCACAAGGUGGCCGUUUUGUGUAUUACCUAGUAAUGGGAACUCGCUCGCUGUCAUGUGAGAAGCAGCUAGCUUUCUGCAGCACAAACUAGCAAUCAGCUUCCUUCCUCGGCUUUAUAAGAAUCCAGGAAGUGCGGCGACGGCUGCUCAGCACGUGAUCGGUUGACUGCACUCCUGUUCGGUGUUUUAUUUUAUUUUAUUAUUGGGCCCCUGUGGUAUUUGUCCACCAUUUUUAUUGCUGGCCUCUCACGGCUGUAAGAGAGAAAAAGCAAAGCUGCACCAGUGCAAGGUCGAAGACCCUCUUUUAAUGAUUGUAUACUCUAAACACAGAAAGACAAAAAAAAUGUUGGAAAAUGUAGAAAGGAAAAAAAAAAAACUCAGGUAGUUUUCAACAGCCCUGCCCCGCAGGUGUCUCAUUGAAACGUGUCCCGUAGUGAUGAUGUAGUACCCCCCUCCCCUCCUCUCCUUAUGACCUCUCAGUACUAGUCUGAUUCUUUUGUGUGCCCCAUUUACAUAUUAUAAAACGAAUUAUUUCUAAAUCACUUUCGAUUAGAUUCCCCCUGAUUAAUCUUUGGGUUGUUUUUUUGCCAAUUUUUCUUUUACAAAAAGUGCAAACGCUCUCCACCACCUGACGUCCGUUGGCCCUUUUAGAAUGUAUUUUGUGAAGAAAAGGGUUAAACGGCGUCUUGUUGAUGCUUGCUCCCCACAACCGGCUGCCGGUCGCAGAACAAGACGCAACGCAGAGUUUUCUAUUCGGUGAUAAAUGUUCCACACCAGCAAUGCCUCGAGUGAGAGGUGGAAUCAUGUGUGUGUGUGGUGGAAACAUGCAGCACCUCGUUCUGAACCAGCUUUACGACAGCCUUACCCCGACGGGAGGCCUAAGGGUCUGACAGCCAGCUAAUCGUGUCCAAAAAUCUUGUUUGCGUUGUGUCCUGUUCUCCCGGCUGUUGGGUGUGUGUGAGUGUGUGUUGUGUUUGUGCGCUGCAUCCAUGUUGUGUAAGCAGAUAUCCACUGAAUGUAUCCUCCAACAGUCCAAGAGGCAGGGCGGGCCGGGGUGGUCCGCUGAGUUUAGAUGGUUGCUGCUGGCGCUUCCUCAUGCAGGCCUGGGUGUGUGUGUGCGUGUGUUUAUCAAGUCUAACCUUUCCUCCCUCUUUUACACACACACUCACACUCACACUGCUGAGUUUAAGUGCAGAUGUUAGGUUUUCAGUCUAAAUAAAGUAAAGGAGACUAUAAUAUAUUGGCCACCUGCCGCUCUCUCUGUACUCUGUGGACUUUAAACAUUUCCUAUGCAGUUUUGUUUGUUUCUUUGUUUACACUUAAAUAAAGUUGUAUUUCUUUGA